AUGACGACAACAUUUAAGCUUGGAAGCACGCCUUUUCUGACUGGUAGUAGCAUAGAAGGCAAUGCUUAUACGCGUCAUCUUGCUCAACAACCUAUGCAAGAUCUUGAUUUCAUGAUAGUUGAAGGAACGAUAAAGUCACCUGAUUGCAUUCUCAAACUAGAGAAUGUAGCAGGAUUCGUUCAAGUCAAAUAUGACGAAAGAUUCAUUGAACAACAUUCACCAACACCAUUCUCAACCAAAUCAAAUCAACAUGGAGUGUUAUGUAUCAAUGGUUUCAAAAUGAAAGAAAAGUACUGUGGUGUCGAUGUAAGUUCAUUUUUUCCAAGAUCAACAGUCACCUCGAUCGGUGAAACGACAACAGCAUCCGCAAGUGCUGAAAUCAAAUACAAGAGUAUUUUCGAGACUACAUCGCUGAGUGAACAAUUUGAAACGAUACUGAAUCUCAUUCGACGAAUGCGUGUACAAGAAGAUGUUGAACAAUUUCAACCAAAAUAUGUCUCGGCUUGUAAUACAUUACGAAAAUCCAUAUCGCAAAAUAUAUUACCUAUGUUACAACCUAUUGUCGAUGCCGAACAUCUUCAUCAACAAAUGUUUCAGGAUAUAAUUAGUUUAACAUUUCCUAUGUAUCAUAUACAGAUACCAGCAGUCAAUCAAGUGCGAUCGAAUGCUCUACUUGAAUUCUAUGAAAAAUAUAAAUAUCUUGGAAAUGCGUCCAUGUUAGAAGAUCACAUCGAAUACGGAUUAUUGUCGAUGAAUUUCGAUGUUGAUUUGGUACCGGCUUUAAAAUUGGACUUUUGGCCAGAUGAUAUGCAAGUAUUUCUCAAUAGAAUUCAAAAUGCUCGACCACAACUAUACGAAAUCAUUCGUGAGCAAGCAUCUAUGCAUGUCAUACCGAAAUGGUCCAGCAAAACACUGGACAUAGAUCAAGAACUCGAAUUUCGAUAUUCAUUUUCAGCAAUCGAACGUCUAUUAGCUAAGCAUCGUACACGAAGAGAACAAAUUUUAAAUGGUGUUGCACGAAGUAUUUAUUAUCGAUAUCUGAAGAAAGAACCGUGCAUUGAAGAUCACACGAAAACCAUUGUACCAUCCUAUUUUAUCAAAACAACAGUAUUAUGGAUGUGUGAAUUGUACAAUUUCAAUGAUCUAUGUUCUGAGACGGACGAUGAUCAAACUAUUGCCUAUAUAAUGGCAAGAGAAUGGUUGGACUAUGUUAGAUCAUUAUUACGUUCUAGCUGUUGUCCACAUUAUUUUAUUGAUUCCUUUAAUCUAUUAGAAACAUGUUCAUCGGCAUCGUUAAUUCGAGCAGAAUCUAUUCUAGAACAUGAAAUUCAUUUGAACGAGGAUAUUAAAAUCGAUGUGUUAAUAAAACAGGACGAAUUGAUGAGUAAAAAACAGCAAACAAUGGAAAAUUGGUUACAAAACAUGAAAGUAAAAGAUAUUUUAGCUGCUGUGAAUGAUUACCGAUUGUUGAGAGAAAAUUGGUUAUGUCCGUCAGAAGAAAACCAAGAUGAAGGUGAUGUAUUGGAUUGUUUGUACAUCUUGAAUCAAUUACGAGCACUAGAUGGUGAUAAACAACAGAAUUGGAGCACAUUUCAACGUUUGUUCUUGACGGCUGAUCAGACAAACUGGUUACCACCCACAUGGGACGAACAAGUAGCCGAUUGUUCUGUAUGUGAUUUCGUCGAUGGUUUUAUCGCAUUAGGUACAACUAUGAAAAAUAUUCUAGAGAUCAUGGAAAAAUCAGAUUUUGAACAAACACUGACUAGAAAUAGCAGUGAAACAGAAUUCUUUCGCCUGCAGAACCUUCUCAACGAUCUAGUUCAACCAUCCGGCAUCGUUCAAAAUGGUUUAAUGACGUCUUGGAUACCUAUGUUUACCUGUUCCUAUUUCAAUGGGUCAUCAAGAAGUAUACCAUCGAUUCGACAACGUUCGGUCAUUACUAACCAUCCUACUGGACCAUUUCAAGAUCUUCUACAAGGCCGUACAUGUCCGACACCGUUAAAUUCUCAAUCACGACAAACAUAUCAACAAUAUGCUCAAAGUGUUUCAUAUCAGAUUCUGGAUCUUUUGAAUGAUGCUCCCAAUGUCGAUAUGACAUUGGAAGAUCUAUUGAAAUAUCACGAUCGACCAUCGCAAACAACCCAGCCUGUGAUGACAUCAUCCAUUGAAGAACAAAUUCUCUCACAUGCAACAAAUCCUUCUUCUGUGAAUAAAGAAAGUAUUACAUUAAUUGUUUUCGAUCCUAAUCAUAUUAUAAAUAAUACAACAGAUGAAGAGUAUCGUACUAUCAAUGAUUAUGUGUUAGUUUACGGUGCGAAGUCUCAAUUACUUACUUACGUGCAAUCGAUCAGCGAAGAAUUUAUUUUCAUAAUUCUUUGUCAAUAUUCAUCAGAUGAAGAGUUUUUAUCUCAAUUAAAUGGUUUGAAUCAAAUUCAUUCUAUUUGUAUCUAUUCUCCACAACAAGAUGUUGACAAUCAACUCAUGAACAAAUAUUCAAAAUUGAUUGGUAUCUUUACAGAACAAAAUAUAUUAUUUGAUCAAGUGCGAACAAGCAUUGAACGCUCAUUUGCACUGCAAUUUGGAUUUUAUGAUCCAGAGCAGAAAUUAACAACAUACACAAGAUUAUCAAGAGAGAACGUCAUAUUUUUCUGGAAUUUAUUAUUGAAAGAUCUAUUAAUAACUGAACAACCAAAAGACAAAAGUUUUCUCAUCCAAGACUGCCGAGAAUAUUAUUGUCAAAAUAUUGUAGAAAUGGAAAAUAUCGAACGAUUUGAAAAGACAUACGACUCUCAUAAUGCUCAUGAAUGGUAUUCGAAACUUUGCUUUGUUUCUAAACUUCUCACGAAAGCAUUUCAUACAGCUGACAUAGAACGAUUGAAAUCAUUUAACUUUUUUAUUCGUGAUCUAACUAGUUUGAUUAUGGAAGACUCGUCUAGAAUCGAACAACUCUAUUGUACAAGAACAAUAGAAAAAACUCAAUUCGCAAAAUUAUUAGAUAAGAUCGGUCAACUAAUGAGUUUCAGUGGAUUUUUACUCGUACAUCGUUCAUUCAAUGAGAUAAUACCAUACGGCAACGAGUCACAAGUGACGGUUGCUUUUGAAAUAAGCAAUGUGUCUACAUCUGUUGUUCAUGUGAUUGAUUCGACUAGUGUAAUAAUCAAUUUAGGUGUUACAUUUAAACUGAACUCACUUGAUUUUGAUGAUAAGUUAGGAGUCUGGAUUGCUCAUUUAAUUUUCAGCCAUGAAGGAGUACAAAUAGCACAAAAUUAUAUACGCGUACAACAAGAGACAAUGGAACGAAUGACAUUACCACUCAUAAUGGCUAAUUUACUAUUCAAAAUGAAUGGUUUUUCAGCGACAAAAAAAUAUUUAGAUAGCUUGAAAAAUGAAGAUGAAGCUCUUAUCUAUCACUUUUAUGGAAUUCUACAUCAUGAAAAAGGGGAAUAUGCAUUAGCACUCGAUAAUUUUCAAAUAGCUUAUGAAUUGAUGAUUAGUGAUGGACGAAUUCAAGAUAGCGCCUUAGUCUUACAUGAUCUUGGCUAUGUUUAUGAUAUGAAAAAAGAGUUUAAUAAUGCUUUAGAUAGUCAUAAAAAAGCGUUGGAAAUCACACAAACUUAUUGUCAGGCAAAUGAUUUUCGUAUUGGUAUCAGCCUGUAUAAUAUUGGUCGUACGUUAGUGAACAUGGAUGAUCAUAAUCAAGCGUUAAUUUACCAUCAAAAUGCCUUAGCGAUCUUUGAACAUACACUGACUUACAAUCAUAUACACAUAGCACAAAGCUUACACAGUCAUGCAGUUGUAUAUUUCAAUAUGCGAGACUAUAACCAAGCAUUUGAUUACUAUACAAGAGCAUUGGAGCUGUAUGAAACGAUCGUACCUCGAGAUGAACAUGGCAUUCUAAUGGUGAAAAAUGCAUUAGAAACAAUUCAGGAACUUCUUCCUUGA